CCUGAUCUGUAUCCGGCGGCUAGCACCCUGUCACUCAGCCAUCCGCGUCCCGCUCCGCGUUAUACAGCUCAGCAAUGGCCUCCGUAUCCGAGCUCGCCUGCAUUUACUCCGCUCUCAUCCUCCAUGAUGAUGAAGUCUCCAUCACGGAGGACAAGAUCAGCACCCUCAUCAAAACUGCAGGAGUCACCAUAGAGCCAUUCUGGCCCAGCCUGUUUGCCAAGGCUCUUGCCAACAUUAACAUCGGUAGCCUGAUCAGCAACGUUGGUGCCGGCGGUGGAGCUCCGGCUGCUGGUGGCGCAGCCCCAUCUGCAGCAUCUGCUGGAGGAGCAGCACCAGCUGAGGAGAAGAAGGAAGAAGAGAAGAAGGAAGAAUCCGAGGAGUCUGACGAUGACAUGGGCUUCGGUCUCUUUGAUUAAGACCAUUUUGUAAGAGGAUCUUAUAAUAAAAGAAAAAAGAACCAUCA